AUGCCGGACGGGCCGACGACGACCUUCCACGCCUUUCUCAGCCUUCCAACCGAGCUCAGGAUCCAAAUAUGGAGGAACACUGUCCAUCCGCGGAUCUUGCACAUGUGCAGGAAGGAAGACGUAGCUCUUGAACCCCUUGAGGAGUCCGCUCACAAAGGGGCAGAGUCCUCUACCCAUUUGAGCUCCGGCUAUCAGGAGCGGUGCGUGACGUAUCUCGCCACCACCACGCCGAUACCGCCUGUGAUGCAGGUCAGUCGUGAAGCCCGCCGUCUAGGCCUCUACCAACGCGCCUGGGUGCAGAGCGACUGUGAAAAGAACCCAGAUGACGGCGAGCAUGACGAGCGAUUACGUUUGUUGCCGUGGCAAAGAUACAUAUGGGUGAACUGGGACAUCGACAUCCUGUCCAUCGGCAGUCUGCCACUGGAGUCACUCCAACCUUGUACGCCACUCAUCAGACGACUGUGUCUGAGCCGCGAGGUCGGCGAUGAAUGGAGGUACAAGCAGGACAGUGGGCUGCAGGACUUUGCCAGUCUGGAGGAGAUAUACGUCGAGUGUGACACCUUGCUGUGGUACUGGUCGGAAACCCUCAAGAACCGCUCGUGGCCGUGCCCGGCGGACAGGGUGUUUCUCGUCAAAUCGGCUAACCGGCGAAUGACGAAGGCCGUGGACAUAGAGAGGUUUAAUGCGUGGGUCAACGACGAGCUCAAACGUCAGCGGGUUUUUGACGCGUCAAGGCAGUGCCAUGAUAUGUUCAGGUGGCCGGCCUACGAGAAGUUUGCGGAGGGACUCGUGUACGACUUUCCCGAUGUGGCUUUAGCGCGAGCGGGUGCAACGUAG